UGCCACAGUGACCAAGUAGGGACCACCAAGACCUUUGCAGUGAUUGAAUCCAAGAAUGUCCAUGUUAUUGAUGUGUGUAGUAUGAGACAGAUGAAAAAACAGAUGCAGGUACUAGCGACACUAGCGACAGACGCUAGGGGCUGUAGCCUAUAGCCUCCUUGUUAGCACACCCACCUCCCAUGCCAGAGACCCCGGUUUGAGUACCGUACAGAGCGGAUAGAACAGGAGCGUAUAUGUGCCAGGAAUUCUCUCAUCAUUUACUCACUUUACUCAUACACAUCUGGGAUGUCCUGAAGGUGGAGCUUUGACUAGGUAUCGGAUAAUAUCCUUACACUGUGCAAGAUGAGGCGAAGCGAAACCCCUCUAACGAAGCAACAAUCAACCCCCAACUUCAGGAGGGAAAUGCCACGUCAGUUCACGAAGAUCUCCCACCACGAGGUGGAUGAGAAUAUGUGUCUCCUGGCUGAGAAGGUUUAUGCCUCAGCUCUAAAGGAAGAAGAUGUCAAGAGCACCAUGUCCAUGUUCAGCGUCCCUGAGGACUGUCCCAUUGGCUUGCAACAGGCUAAGGAGUGGGAGCUACGCAAAGAGCUGGCCGAGCAGAAAUCUGAAGAAUCUGUGAAAAGGAAACAGAGUUUCAAGCUGAUGCGCUCCCACUCAAUGUCCUUGCAGAUUCCCAUUGCUCAAGACUGGGCUAAGUCUGUUAUUUCACCCCUGUUGACCCCUACCAUAGAGACAGACUCUAUACCUAUCAAUAUUCCAGAAUUCCAGAGGGUCACCAUCAGUGGAGACUACUGUGCAGGGAUAACAGUCGAAGACUAUGAGCAGGCAGCCAAAGCGCUUCUGACAGCACUCUUCAUCAGAGAAAAAUAUUCUCGGCUGGCAUACCACCACUUCCCCAGAACCACUGCCAGAUUCCUAAGGAGUGCCAAUAACGAGAAAUGGAUUGAGGAGGAAGAAGUGCUGCCAGAAAACUGCCCCUGUCCAAGUGAGGGUCAGGAUCCUUACAGUAUGGAAGACAUUCCACAGAAUCUGAACUACUGCCUGAAGAUGAAAGAUGGAAUCAUAUACGUUUAUGAUAAUGAGGAUACCUUAAAACAGGAUCAGCCAAGGAGUUUGCCAUAUCCAGACAUGGAAACCUUUGCUAUUGACUUGAGCCAUGUCCUUGCCAUGAUUGCAGAUGGGCCUACGAAGACCUAUUGUCACAGAAGGCUUAACUUUCUGAUGUCCAAGUUCCAGCUACAUGAAAUGCUGAAUGAGAUGGCGGAGUUGAAGGAACUGAAAGGUGUUCCUCACAGAGACUUCUACAAUGUCAGAAAGGUUGAUACACACAUUCAUGCAGCUGCCUGCAUGAACCAGAAGCAUCUUCUCAAGUUCAUCCAGGACACCUAUCAGACAGAAGCACAGCGUGUUGUUCUGGAGAGCAAUGGAAAGAAGAUUACCCUCAAACAGGUGUUUGACGAUCUAAAAAUGGACCCUUAUGAUCUCACAGUAGACUCGCUGGAUGUUCACGCUGGCAGACAAACGUUUCAUCGUUUUGAUAAGUUCAAUUCUAAAUACAACCCAAUGGGUGCAAGUGAGCUCAGGGAGAUAUACCUCAAAAGUGAUAACUACAUUGAUGGAGAAUAUUUUGCACGUCUCAUCAAGGAGGUUGCUCAUGAGUUGGAGGAGAGCAAAUAUCAGCAUGCAGAACCCCGUCUCUCCAUUUAUGGCCGAGCUCCUGAAGAGUGGAAGAGCCUGUCAAAAUGGUUUAUCAAGCACAAGUUGCACUCCCCUAACAUGAGAUGGAUCAUACAGGUGCCCAGGAUCUAUGACAUAUUCAAAUUAAAGAAGAUCAUUCCCAACUUUGCCAAAAUGCUAGAGAACAUCUUCCUCCCACUGUUCCAGGCCACUAUUAACCCUCAGGAGCACAAAGAAACACAUGUCUUCUUGCAACACGUAACAGGGUUUGAUAGUGUGGAUGACGAGUCUAAACACAGUGAUCACAUAUUCACAUAUAAAAGUCCAAAACCUGAAGAAUGGACCCAAGAGGAAAACCCGCCAUACACGUAUUACUUGUUCCACAUGUAUGCCAACAUCAUGGUCCUCAACAACCUGCGCAGGGAGCGUGGCCUCAAUACCUUCCAGUUCCGUCCUCACUGUGGUGAGGCAGGAUCCAUCACUCAUCUGGUGUCAGCCUUCCUCACUGCUGACAACAUCUCUCAUGGACUGAACCUGAAGAAAAGUCCUGUGCUGCAGUACCUGUUUUACUUGGCCCAGGUGCCCAUUGCCAUGUCUCCUCUCAGCAAUAACAGCCUGUUCCUGCAGUAUUCAAAGAAUCCUCUCAGGGAGUUCCUGCAAAAGGGCCUGUGUGUUUCCCUCUCCACAGAUGACCCAAUGCAGUUCCACUACACUAAGGAGGCCUUGAUGGAGGAGUAUGCCAUAGCAGCACAGCUGUGGAAGCUGAGUACAUGUGAUCUGUGUGAGAUCGCCAGAAAUAGUGUCCUUCAGAGUGGUCUGUCUCAUCAGGAGAAGAAGCACUUUCUGGGAGAGAAUUAUCUACAAGAUGGACCAGAGGGAAAUGAUAUCCAUAUGACUAAUGUGGCACAGAUCCGUAUGGCCUUUCGACAUGAGACCUUGUGCAAUGAGCUCAGCUUCCUUGUGGAUGCGGUCAAGUCCGAAGCCAUGGCUGCACAAGCCCUGUAAAUACUGCAGAGUGAUAGAUAGUGUAACGCCUGGGUCCAUACAAGUGGACCAAACCUCAAGUGACAGUGGAAACCUUGUACUGUAAAUGUAGCAAACACCAUGCACAACAGAGCCACUGUGUAAUCUUUGGGGCAAUAUCAUUCCCUGCACGGUAUCAAGCCA